AUGGAGAAGACCUUCAACGACAGCAUGCCCAAGAACGACCAGCAGCGUCAGGAGGAAAACGCUAAGCGCGCAGAGCAGGGCGAGCCUCAAAUCCCUGGUGCCGCCGGUCGCGAGUCUGUUGCUAGCAAGGAUCCCAAGGAGUUUGACUCCCGCGGCGGUCCCGGUUCCGAAUCUCACAAGCCGGUUCAAGACCCUGUUGUCUAA